AUGACCCUGAGCUCGGAGAUGUCCGAGGCGUCGGCGCUGGCUGAGGAGACCGACAUCGAUGUGGUGGGCGAAGAGGACGACGAGGAGGACGACGAAGAGCCGCAGCCGCGCCGCUGCCGCCGCUCUUACGCCGAGGACGAGGAGGAGGAAGAAGAAGACGAGGAGGAUGUUGGCGACCUCCACGACGACGCCCUGCUGCCGCGGUCGCCCGUGCGCGGCGGAGGCGGAGGCGGCGGCGGCGGGGUGGGCAGCGGGGCCGGUGCCGGCGGCUCCCGGCCCCCCUCGCGGGGCGGCCCGCAGAAGGCGGCGGGCAGCGGCGGGUCGGGCGGCGGCGGCGGCAGCGGCGGCGGUGGCAGCGGCGGUAGCGGGGCAGGCGGCGGCAAGAACAGUCUGGUAAAGCCUCCCUACUCCUACAUCGCCCUCAUCACCAUGGCCAUCCUGCAGAGCCCCAAGAAGCGGCUGACGCUGAGCGAGAUCUGCGAGUUCAUUAGCGGGCGCUUCCCCUACUACCGGGAGAAGUUCCCCGCCUGGCAGAACAGCAUUCGCCACAACCUCUCCCUCAACGACUGCUUCGUGAAGAUCCCUCGGGAGCCCGGCAACCCGGGCAAGGGCAACUACUGGACGCUGGACCCCGAGUCCGCCGACAUGUUCGACAACGGCAGCUUCCUGCGCCGCCGAAAGCGCUUCAAGCGGCAACAGCUCCCGGCUCCCGAGCUGCUGCUGCGUGCCGUGGACCCCGCCGCUUUCCUGCCGCAGCCCCCGCCCCAGCCCCCGCAGCAGCCGCCCUGCGCCUACGGACCCUAUGGCUGCGGUUACGGCCUCCAGCUCCAGCCCUACCACCCCCACUCCGCCCUCUUCGCCUUCCACCACCCCUCCCCGCCACCCCGCCAGCCCCCCGCCGCCCCCGGCAGCGCCCCCGGCGCGGCGUUGCCCCCCGCCGCCGCCGCGCCGCCGGGCCCCUUGCUGCCGGCAGCGGAGCUGGCACGGACGCCCUUCGGCUACGCGCACCCGCUGGGCCCGGCGCUAGCGGCCUCGCUUCACGCCGCCAAGCCCGGCAGCGGCGCGGCGCUGGCCCGGUCACCCUUCUCCAUCGAGAGCAUCAUCGGGGGGGGGCCCGGCCCCGGCGCGGGCAGCAGCUGCGCCUCGCAGUCGGCCGCCGCGCCGGGGCUGGCCCGCUCGCUGGGGAGCGCCGGGGGCAGCCUGCCCCCCUCCGCCGCCCUGCCCGCCGCCCCCGGCUUCGCGGCCCGGAUCUCUAACUGUUAAGGGUUUGUGAGUCUUUCCGAAGUGUUUUUCAGAAACUGGAAAGACGGGACAUAAGAUAUCUGUCGGUCUCUAUUUGCUGUCCGC